UAUAUAUAUAUAUAUAUAUUGCUAAUUAUUAAGGAAAAGAUACCGGUAAAGUAUAAGUGGAUGGCUUAUAAUUCCAGUGCAAAGCUAGAGUGACCAGGCCAACUGUACUGGGAGGAAAUUUUAUUCUUACUUUUGCUUCAGAUGUUUUAGGCUUUCAUUAUUAUUACUAUUAUUAUUUUUGUAUUUAUAGGUGACAACGAACUGGGGCUUUGUACUUGUAUCUUCUUUGAUCCAGCAGAUGAGGAUGGAAAGGAACCAGGGGUUUUUAUAACUGAAAUUAUUGAAGGAGGUGCAGUUCACAAACUUGGAUGUAUCCGUGUAUUUGACCAGAUUAUUAAAAUAGGUGACAUCAAUCUAAUUGGAUUGGAUGAAGCAGAAAUCAUCUCUACUUUUAAAAAAAUGGACGAUUCUCCUUUCCAGAUUGAAAUUGGCCGCGAACCACCUGAAGUCAAGUCAGAACUUAUAGUACGCCUCAAGUUGUCAGAGGAAAGGAAGAAAUAUUUUAUGAAUUCACUCAUAGUACAGGAAAAAAUUGGAGAUAUCACUAUUGUGAGAGGACAAGCAAGUAUUUGUACAACUUCAAGAGAACCAUGGUACUGGAUGGCCAGUAACCUGAAAUUUGUUAUUGGGGCACUGAAAAUAUUAAUAGAAGAAGAUCAGGGAUGUAGAAAAGACUUCCAAGCUAUCUUUGAGCAGGCUAACUUUUUUCAAGACAAAUAUAAAGACAUGAACACAUACAAAGUGAAUAUGGAACAGAAACCUGAUGAAUCAGAUAAAGAAGGCACAUUUUUACCAUUGGCCCCAGAAGAAGAAUUAUUACUAGGACAAUUUAAAAUAAAGCCUAAAGAGAUAAAAAAUGAAGAUUUAUCACCAGGGCAAUUAUUAGCCCAAGGGGAUUUCAAUUCAGGUGUGAAAAAUGAGGCACAGAGAAGAUAUUCAGAUAGUUACCUUCCCAGCGGUGACUUCAUGGCUUCUGGCUCUAAAAGCAAUACCAAAGAGACCACAAUAAAAAAAGAAAAAGAAGAAGAUGAAAUAGUAGUGGAGGAAGAGAUUAUUAGCACUGGAAAACCUACAGAGGGAAAGGCUAAAAAGGGAUUUUCCUGGUUCCGCAAUAUCAAAGAACGCAAGCUGUGGAACUUCUUUCAUUUUAAAAAACAUGACAAACAAGUAAAGAAUGUGCACAAGUGGGAAGAAAUUGAUCAAGAGGUAUUGGAAGAUUACUGUCCUUAUUCUACUGAAGCCCCUAAAACAUUGCCAACAGAGUGGACAAAUAUUGAAGUUGGUAAUUGGUUAUGGAGCAUUGGAAUGGAGGAGUAUGUUGUAAAAUUUUAUUGUAAAGGAAUAACUGGUGAAAAACUCCUUACAUUGGACAAUCACUCGCUAAAAGAAAUCGAAGUCAACAAGAAGAAAGACCGCCGGAAAAUACUUAAGGCUAUUAAGAAAGUUAGAGAUUUUUGGGAAAAAAAUCAUUUCGUCUUAUUAUAGAAAUUGAUGGAAAGAAGACACAGAACCAGAAAGAUGGCAAAAAUGGAAAAUGCAAUUACUUUUGUUAUAUUGAAUUUUCAUCAUUUUACUUCUGUUACUUUUGUUAUAUGAACUUUUAAGGGAUUUUACUUCCAUGUUACUUUUGUUAUAUGAACUUUUAAGGGAUUUUACUUCCAUGUUACUUUUGUUAUAUGAACUUUUAAGGGAUUUUAGUUCCAUGUUACUUUUGUUAUAUGAACUUUUAAUCAUUUUAUUACUGUUACUUUUGUUAUUAUUAACUUUUAAUUAUUUCACUUUCAUGUUACAUUUGUUAUAUGAACUUUUAAGGGAUUUUACUUCCAUGUUAUUUUUGUUAUUAUUAACUUUUAAUCAUUUCACUUCUAUGCUACUUUUUUAUAUGAACUUUUAAGGAAUUUACUUCUAUGUUACUUUUGUUAUAUGAACUUUUAAGGAAUUUACUUCCAUGUUACUUUUGUUAUAUGGACUUUUAAUCAUUUUAUUACUGUUACUUUUGUUAUUAUUAACUUUUAAUCAUUUCACUUUCAUGUUACAUUUGUUAUAUGAACCUUUAAGGGAUUUUACUUCCAUGUUACUUUUGUUAUAUGAACUUUUAAGGGAUUUUACUUCCAUGUUAUUUUUGUUAUUGUUAACUUUUAAUCAUUUCAGUUCUAUGUUACUUUUGUCAUAUGAACUUUUAAGGGAUUUUACAUCCAUGUUACUUUUGUUAUAUGAACUUUUAAGGGAUUUUACUUCCAUGUUACUUUUGUUAUAUGAACUUUUAAUCAUUUUAUUACUGUUACUUUUGUUAUCAUUAACUUUUAAUCAUUUCACUUCCAUGUUACUUGUUAUAUGAACUUUUAAUCAUUUUAU